ACAAUCUGCAAAAGUCUUCAUAUUCUGUAGAACAGGCUUGUGUUUGAUAAGUUUUAUUUUAACCUUUUGUUGGCUCUGACGUUAUUCUCCUGUCUGGGUGCAAGUCUUUUGCGGUAAUCAGGUGACAAGGGGACGGAGGUAUGCUCCCGCGUCAGAGUGACACCUUCGCUGGCCUAUCGCUGCUCGACGUUGCGCUCCCUCGCGCUGGAGGGUGGGCUUCGGCCACUGGAGAGCUGGCGACAUGAGCAGAACACGGUUGGUGUGUGAAAUUGAGUGACAGGCUGAAUCCAAAGAAACAGGCUAUGACAAUCAUUUCUCAAAGUUUUGCAGUCUAUUUCGGGAAUGCACAAUUCAAGACGGUCACAUUGUUUAAGACGUUCACAUGACGAUGUUCGCUGGAAUAUGCAGUUUAACAGCAAGCUGUCACGUGGGAUGUUACCUGUUGGUUGAACUAUAUGAACUGUAUUGGUUUCGACAAUAAAAACGGUGGCUGUUUGAAGAACAAUAUCCACCGUUUAGUACAAUUCUUCAAAAACAAGGAAGUUGGGGCGCGCCGCAAGCUAAAUCUCCACUCAUGCUGAAUGUAAGCGCAACGUUCGAUCUUCAGAAGGAUGUCGUGUCCAAUAUAUUUAAAAAAGAAUCUUCUGUGGGACGAAUAGAAGAGUACUCAAAUGCAGUGGAGACGCAGAUCAUCAACAUCGAAAGGGAUGGAGGGGUCCUUUACUCCUGGAAAGGAGUGACAGGGAACACUCAGAUUGGCAAAUAUGAUCCCACUACCAAACAGAAUAAGCUCCUCUACACAUUCGACAAGCAGGUGUGUGUGAGCAGCUGUUCCCUGAACAAGGAGGAGACACUGCUCGCUGUCAGUCUGGUACAGAGGACGAGAGCUGAAGAACGACUCAAACCAGUGUCCAAAUGCCUGACCCUCCUGAUAGAGAUCCAACCCCUAAACAACACCAAGGUGCUGAAGGCCGUGGACUGUAAGAUCAGAGUGCAGUUCCUGUAUCCGGAGACAGACAGGAGCUCAGUUCUGGAAAGUCAUCUUCUGCUCCUGGCUGAUGAGGGAUAUGUGGAGCAGUACCAUGUGAUGCUGAGCAAGCAGGAAGGCUACAGAGUGGUGAUGUGUAACUUCAAGCGCAUGGCCAAGGACAGAGUAGUAGAGGACUUCACGUGGACCCAGUGGGACUCCCACACCCAGAGACUGUUCUACCUCACCUACAGGGACAAAGCGGUGUUGGUGUGUGUGCAGUUUUACCCUAACCACAACUGUGAGACUGUGUUUGAGCUGGCUUUGGAUCUGCCCUCCAACCCCUUCACCUCCCUGAGGUUUAUCAACCUUGGCUUUGACCACUACCAGGAGGAAGAGCCUGUACAGGAUGAUCCAAUCAGAAUAGCUGUUUUCACCAACAUAAUAGAGAGCAGCAUGUGUGUGUGCUACAGCCAGCAGAUCACUCCACAGCAGGCCAGCUGCAGCUACACCAUCGUCCUGGUCCAUAAAGGCUGCAGUAAGACUUUCACUGUAGCGCUAGAUGGUGACAUCUCUCCUCACACUACAGACCUCCAUCCUCUCUUUCUCCCCCUGGGCUAUUACAUCCUGGUUUACCUGCCAGGUCACUUCCUGCAUUGCAUCAACAGCAGACAGCAGGAGCUGCUCUGCCACAGCCUCUUCCUGUCUGGUCCAGAGUCAGACCUGGGCCUGCCAGCAGAGGGUGCUGUGGUGUUCUGUCUCCCAGACUGCACCUCUCUGCUGGACCUGGCUGCAGGCAGGAUGUUCUCCCUAGACAUCAGCUCUGACUUCCUGCUCCAGCUCCUCCAAACACCAGGCCCCAGCCGGCAUGACAACCAGCGCCUGGCCGUCAUGCACUGCCUGCUGGUCUACCUGGGGCCUAACCCUCACCUGGAGCAGAGGAUCAUAGACUGGAUCUGUGACAACAUCAUGCCGUUCGACACCUUUGAUCAGAUCCAGGAGUUUGUUCUGGCCUCUCUCUACCGCAUCGUCUACAACAAGUCUCUCAGUCUGGACAAGGUCCUGCCCUACACCUCUGUGUCUGGGGACAAGGAUCUGCCAGCCAGUCUAGAUGAGGUACCUGGAGUGACGUGCAGCACACAGCUUCAUGCUGAGCCUGUGUUCUCCAAGAAGCAUUCCUGGAGUCAGCCAGGCUACUGGGAGGAUCUGCAGUGGAGCUCAGAGAGGGUCCAGUACUUUGAGGCGGUUCCUAGCCCCAGGUUCAGAACCCAGCAGCUGCAGCAGGAGUGGACCUUUCCCAACCUGGGUCCUGGGAGGGAGCCUGUCUGUCAGGCUCCAGAAGCGUCCGUCAGCACACAGCCGUCCCAGAAGAAGUCAGAGAAGAAGAGGGCUUCUGGCUCUCACGCUGCCUGUCACAUUGAGGAAAACACCAAGAAGGUGCUGUCUGUGGUGGACACCUGUUGUCGGGAUCAGAAGCUGGUUCCCCUGUUUCAGGAGGAGGACCAGCAGCAGAGGGUGCUGAUAGGCCAGAUGGUGGACAAGCUAAGGGAGCACCUGAACAGACACCUGCCUCGACUGGGGAAAAAGAGGAUCGAUUCACUGGUGGUGAACUACGUGGCUAAGCUGUUGGAGCUGAUCAGAUACAUGCUGGAGUCGGUGUGGCUGAAGUACAGACUGGCUCCAUGUGUGAUGUGCUUGAACAAGCCAGGCAGUCCUGCAGAGUGGACGGUGUUUCACGUGAUGUGUCGGAUCCUGGAGGCUACCAAGAGUCUCUGUCUACCUAACCCUCCUGGGUAUCACACUCUGUUGGCAGUGUUAGGGGUGCGUUGUCUUCCCCGUCACAUGUUCCUGCAGUACGUCGACCAGGGCCUGCUACAGCUCACUGAGACCUUCGUAUCGCGCCUCAUGACAGAUCUAGACAACAGUCAUUCCAACGAGCAGCUCAAGUUCAGCAUUCUCAAGCGUAUCCCUGAGCCGAUGGAACAGAGGAUGUGCCAUCUGUGGGACCACCCCAUCAGCUCCGCCUGCAUCUCCCGGGCCUACGUGAGCAGCCUGCUGAAGAAACAAGCCAACACCAAGGGAUCCCAGUUCAUAGACAGAGGCAGGCCAGGGUUCAGACCUGACUUCCUGCCUCUUACCUACCUGACCAAGACACUGUCUGAUCUGGAAGACGAAGCUCUGAACCCCUUUGAGGAGCAGGAGACCGUGGAUGCCAGGUUCGUGGAGGAGACUGCUCUUAAGCAGACACUAAUACUGCUGGGCUUUGAGGUCAAGUGAAGACACACACACACACACUCCCACACCUACACACUCCCACACCUACACACAUCUGAGGCACAAUGGGGUCUGGUGCCGCUAGCCAUGAUGGAUUUACUGGACUGCAUGGUAUUUCCGUUCUUGUAUUGAACCUGAUGUGUAUGAGUCAUGACUAUGAGGCAUAACUCUGGUUAAUCCCAACAAUUGUAUUGCUCAUAAUUCAGAGUAACAUGAGGUUUAGUUUCAGGAAGAUCUCAGUGUGAUUCUAUGAAUGUGAGGGUGUACUUAAUCAUAGAAAAUCAUACUGUGGAAAAGGGAUUUUGUAACAAGGGUUUUCAGGGAUUUACAUAAUCUUUUGUAAUCUUUAGUCAUCGCUGUUUUGCAUUUGUACUAUAAAUAAAUAAUCUUUAUAGCAA